AUGAGUUUGGACAAUUGUAAGAGAACUUUUUUUAGAGUGCUGCCUAACAAACUAAACAGAGGUAAAAUUUACGCUCCCUUAUUUCUUGUUCUCUGUAUCGCAACUACUAUUCUCUACACUCGCACUCGGACUCGGAAAAGUGAAGAAAUAGAACAUCAAGACAAGUUAUCGAGACAAUGGGAAAUAAAUCACACGUGCAUUAACAUAGAUUUUGAAAGCAGUGAUAGAACUUCUAUUAUCUUAGACGGGUUUGACAAGUUUAAUUUUUGUGCAUGUGGUAUUAAUACGAAAGGUCAUUAUUUAGUGAAUCAAAGUUCAGUCCAUGCAGAUAGUUUGUACAUUUUUUGUACACCGGUGCGCUCACAGUCUCAAGAUUUCAUUCAACUUGGGGAAAAGAAACACCAACUUUCGAAAUCGGUUUUUAAUGGGUAUGUAAGUGAAGUGUAUAAGGGUGAAAGAGAUUCACUUUGGGUUUUUCCAAAGUAUAUUGGUCUGGGACCUCCGGCCAGUGGCUCGUCAGCUCUGCAAGAAUAUAUCAUGUCUAACAAGUACUACUACAAAUUUUGUACCCGUGGAUAUCAUAGAUGUGUGAAUACGAAGAAAGAAGUGAAAUUUUGGAAUAGAGGACGAAACCUGGAGAGAAGCAAAGAUGGACGUAAAUAUUGCUAUGCACCAAAUUUAGACUGCUACCUACUACGAACUCCAACUAAGAAAUUUGCUGAGAAAAACUUCUAUGGCGAGAUUACAGUAACACUUUUGUGGCAUUUAAAGUCCCCUGAAUACAUCCAACAAUUGUCUCCCGAGAAUACCAAAUUAAUUUUUAUUCUAAGGGACCCUGUGAGCAUUGUAAUUGCAUGGAUGAGAAAAAAUGGUAUACAGCUUGAAGACUAUGAAUUUGUCAUAGAGAGAGAAAUUUCAUCAUGGCUGAAUUGCAUAAAUAGUGUAAAGAAUGAGGUUAAGUGUGCUUACAUGAUUAGAAUACAAGAUAAAACUUCAUAUAUAGUAAGUGCAUCCUAUUUUCUUUUCUUGCAGAAUUGGCUGUCAUAUAUCCCUUUAUCGAGGUUCAUUUUUGUCCCAGCUUCAAAACUCAGAUGUAACACUGAGGAAGUGAUGCGCGGGGUAUUCGAAAGUAUUGGUGUGAGUCAAGAGUUUGAUAGAAGUAAGAUAAAUUAUGAAAUUAAUGUCAACACAAAUAGAAUUGGUAAAACUUCGAAAGGUUAUGGAAAUAUUGAGAAGACCACUUCAGAUAGCAUGGGUGCAGGAUUUCAUCGUGCUAGUAAAAGUAGCGUGUGUGUACCACAAAAAAAUUUAAAGCACAUUAACGAAAAACUUCGAGCAAGACUCGAAGAUUUCUUUGAGGGUUACACGGUGCGUCUAGGAAAUCUUCUAGGAAUUCCAGUUGACGAACUGUAUUGA